CUGUAGUACGAACAAAAAGCAACCGAGGGGAGAUCAGGAGUCACUUCUAAACAUCACUGCAGGAGAGAAAGAGACGGCUAUAGAGCCUCUGGAAAGACAGACAGACAGACAGAGAGCCAGACAGCACGCUAAUCCCAGGUGUCUUAUUAAUACCUAAUUACUGAAGAUGGGUCUGCCAGCAAAAGAUGUGCCCUGUCCAAAAUCUGCAUCACCUAGAAUGCCCGUGCCUUCAGUGCCUAGGAAAACCAGCCAGAAAUCGGUAACAACACCUAGAACACCAUCUCAUGGUAAAGCAGUAAGGGAUACUACUGCAUCUGCAAACGUAGCACAAUCAGUGAGUGCCGGUGAUAACUCGAAAUUAACAAGGGCUCGAAAUGCUACAACACCCCGCGACAGUGGUGAUGCAAGAAAGUCAUCAGUCUCCAGUCAGCGGCCAAGCAGUUCAUCAAGAACCAGACAAAGUCCAGAUGUCCCAUCCACCUCUGAGAUGACAGUGAAGAUGCUCACACCUUCUAGUGCGAGACAGUUUUCUGUAAAAGAUGUAGAAAAAAUAGAAAAGGACACCCGUGGGCAGAGAGAUAAUCCAGAAUGGUUUAACUGGCGUAAACACCGCAUUACAGCUUCCAUGGCGCAUCAAAUAUCACACAGUCGAUUCGCUAAUGGGAAAACAACAGACAUUCCACAGUCGUACUUGAAGGCUGUAUUGGGUUCUGGACCCAGCGUGCAAACGCCUGCUAUGAAUUGGGGCGUGAGGAAUGAGAAAAAUGCAGUACGCGCCUAUGAAAAAUGGACUUUAGAAAACACUGGGAGAAAAGUACAGGUGGAUGAGUGCGGCUUAUUUGUUCACACCAAGAAAAACUGGAUGGCAGCGAGCCCAGAUGGCAUUGUGGUAGAUGCACUUACCGGAGAGAAGUUGGGCAUCUUGGAAGUAAAGUGUCCGUAUAAACAUAGAGAGCACAGCAUACGCCAGGCAUGCGCUGACCGCGAUUUCUGUCUGAAGCCAGAUGGGGAUUCCUAUGCGUUAAAGACUGAUCACCCCUACUACACCCAAGUUCAGUGCCAACUGGCAGCCACAAAGAUGGAUCGCUCAGAUUUUGUAGUGUACACAAAGAAAGACACAGCUGUUGUUCCAGUGAGCUUUGACUCUAAGUUUUGGGAAGAGACUGAAUCAAAGCUAGAAAGAUUUUACUUUGAGGCCGUGAUUCCAAACCUAAAUGGCAAGGGUACAGGUGGAAGAGCAGUAGAAGAAACAGAUGCGUGGGCAGUAGAAGAAUGAGAGAAAGAAAACUGCAGAAAUGCAAUUAUAAGAAGAUUCUUUGUUUGGGUUUGAUUCAAUGGUUUCCUAUGUUGAACACACCUGGGUUGAACUCAGGGAAAGGAAGAGAUGAAGGCAGAAUUUGUAUUAAAGGUAGUGACAAGAUAUAUGACAUGAUGAGUGGAUAUUCAGACUGGAGCAUACUAGAGCUGCUAGUAGCCUCUUCUUCUACCAAAUCCACCGAAAAUCAAAGAAAUAUGGCGUCCAUGGAUGGCCUACUUCAAAGAUCCUGAUUGAUGGCUUGUCCAGUCUAUAACCUAUUUGUCUUUGCCGUACUCACCUCUUCCACCCUUUCCCCCAAACAUGCGUAGUACAGCUUUAGUACUAGUACUUUGUCUUAGUGGGCUAUACUUUCUCCUAGGAGUAAUUUGAUACCUAUGGGUGCGACUAGGAUGUUUUUUCUUUUAUUUGUAUUUGUGUUUGUUUUCAAUUCAUGCAAGCUACAUAAAAGAGAACGUGUAUGGCCAGAUUUGAUGUCUCACAUUUUUACAAGAUUGACACCAGGCUGUUCUUGAUGAUGUUAUAAGUUUCAUGUAUUUCACCCAUUCUUUUCUGUUCUUCAUUGUACAAGUCUGACCUGCAUUAUAUGACUGUAUUCUAUUGAUGAAUAAAAAGUAAAAAAAAUAGGGAUAUGUGGAAAUAUAAAUCACAGGCACAGUCUCAUGAAAUAAAGUUUUAGACAUUCAUCUGGCAAAUAACAUGGUAUAUGUUCCAUAUCUGUAUUUCAUGGAUAAUACGUGCCUUCUAU